AUGGGCACCAUUAUGCGAGGCAAGAGGUGGGUUCUGCUAUGCGAGGCUACGACCAAGCCAAGAUAUAAGAGCCCGCUCAUCCAGCGCACUACUGGAGUCCAAUGGGCUGAUAUUACUGCAUCUGGAUUUGGGAUCUCACUGGUCACUGGGUUAGUCCCUGGUCGCCAAGGAUCCACUUCUGUGCCCAGUCCGACGGAUGCUAAUGGCGUGACAUCAGGUCUGAUCCUAGCUGCUUAUGCAAAUGUUACUUCGGUAGUACAUGCAUGCAUGGCCAGGCCGCCAUGUCCACGGCCCAGAAUUGAAUGGUCAAAUGGGGAGCUUGAUGUUGUCAGCGGCGUUUAA